ACCAGGCUGUUUACUGGGGAACCUGCCAGCAGCUUGACAGCACGCUCAACUGUCAGUGGUGGAGAAAUGUCAGCAUGACAAUUUGGCGCGUGGAGCAUUUGUUUACUUCGCUUCUUUAUUGUUCACAGAAAGUGAUUUUUCAGCUAUCGCACAUAAAUACAAAUUCCGUUUUAGUUUCUACUGUGCUUUUGCACUCGCAAUGUUAAUACUACUUUAGCAACAAAUGCAUUAAUCAAUUAUUCCAAUCGCAACCAACGCUUAAUCGAUCGUUCAUGAGUUUUAAUCAGCGUGGAACCGUUGUAACAUUGAACACGCAACGGCGAGAGCGCUAUUACUUACAUAGAGAAGCAUGAAGCACAAUAAAGCGACGAAGAGAAAAGCCAAUACGGCCCAACAAAGACGAAGUAGUGCAAAGAUGAAAGCAAACACUUUCAAACCAAAAGGAGUUACAACGAGGUCGAACAAAUUGGCGAAUCAGUUCAAGAAGAUAAACGUAAGUCCCGGGCAAAGGGCGAAACAAACAAAGACUGAAUCGCAGGAAAAUCUACAAGAGACCAAUGCUAUUGCGUUCACGGGACGCGUUACUCGACAACUCCGUUCAACGAAUAAGAGUAAUAGCACGAAUGUCAACAACGAUAAUUGUAAAUCUCCCAACAGUACUGGCUUCACAGAACAAAACAUCAACUGGAAGUCAACAGCGGAUACGAUCUUGAUCGAGGAUUCGGAUGAUGAAACUGGUAAUACCGAUAAAGGUGAAAACUCCAAGGCUUUGUUUUACCUCGACCGAAACCCGGGUAAACGGGACGUGGAAGUUCCUCUGUACAAUCUUUGUCGUGAGGUUGAAACAUCGACAACUAGCGUUACUGAUUGUUCCGUCAACAAUUCCAACGAUACCGUAAUAGUGCUAGACAAUACCAUAGACCAAACGACAAAUGAGGAGGAGAAGAUUAAGGAUGUGCAAAUCAAUGACGAAAUCGUGCAGCAGCCAUCAUCUUCGGAUACUGUUACCACAAGUGUUGCGAAUGUUAUCACCAAUGCACAAUUCGAUAACCAAUCGGAACAACCAGCAUCGACUGUAACGAACGUGUUUCUAGACGUGAUCGAGCUAAGCGAUCACUCUGACACGGAACCAAGCAUUUCUUCUAUAGACAAGAACGCCACUCCGGCAUUUCCCUCGAUGGAUUGUAUUCCGCUCAGGUAUAAUGCGUUGCAACGUCAAGCUAACAGAAAUGCUGUUAAUCAAAAGCCACACAAAAAAAGCAAAUGGAAUAAUGCUGAUAAAAUGGCCGUGUCAACCAAAUCAUCACCAGUGCCAGAACCAACCCUUGGUGAAGAAUCGGAAGCAAUUAAGAGAAUGGUUAUCAUCGAUGGAAAUAAUGUCGCAUAUGGCCAUCUAAAUGGUAAAAUGUUUUCCGUAAAGGGAUUACAAUUAUGUGUAAACUACUUUAAAAGGCUUGGUCACGAGGUUACCGCUGUAGUGCCUCAGUUCAGAUUAAAAAAACAUCAAAGUACAGAUUACGUAUUGCUGGAUAAAAUGCAUCGAGAUGGGGAUGUUACUCUAGCCCCCAGCAAGAAUCUUCCUGGUCAGUGUUCUUCAACAUAUGAUGAUCGCCUUAUAUUGUCCGUUGCGGAACAGUUUGAUGGAGUUAUCAUUUCAAACGACAAUUUUCGUGACCUUCUCGAGAUCUCUCCAGCCUGGCGACGGAUUAUCGAAACACGUGUUAUUGGUUAUACGUGGGUGAAAGAUUGCUUCUUUUUGCCGGACGAUCCCUAUGGCCGCUAUGGUCCUACAUUACAGCAGAUAUUGAACGGAAAAUCCGAGUAAAGGUGUUUAUGCCUGGCCAUAAGAUCUUUCGGCUUCUUUCCUUCGGACGAUCCUAGCAGCAGUUUAUUUUUACAAGUGUUAAUAAGUUUUGUUGAUACGGUAAUAAGGAAAAUAUAAAAAAGAAGAAAUUA